UAUAAUUUUAAAGAUUAUUGUGAACGUUAGCAGGUAAAAGUUUGAAAGUCUGAAAAUAAAAGCAUUUGCAUCAUCAUCGACAUCACCAGCAAAGUGCUGAAAGUGAUGGCAGUAUGUAAAUACGGCAUCUGCGUACACUCGCGGAUGACUCAUGUGGCGUUUGCACAUACAAAUUUGCAGUCAUUUCGUGAUUUAUGGUGCAGAAAUACGCUUCUGAUAACCAGGUAAUGUUUAGCAUGAGUGUGAAAAUAAACAAGUAUUUGUACAAGCUGAUUUUGGAGCAUGGAGAGAGCCCCAACCAGUCACGAAAACAGGAGUACAGCACGCCAAAGCUUUUUGCUGUCGUGACGUUUCCCGAAGCACAAGAUAAAGUGGCCGUUGUGCCACUCUCGUGGCUAACGGAAGACCAGGCUCAGUGCCACUGGCCUCCAAAGAGGAGGGGUGUUCGGGUCGAAGAAUUGGUUCAAGACCGGGUGGACCCAACUGCAGCCUGGCAAAAGUACCCAGUUUGGCUUGUGGCUCGUUGCAGCACCCUUGAGAAAGCCGAGCGCCGUGCCACUGGUGCACAGUACGGCCUAGCGGCAGACACAACGGAGCAAUCAGCUCUGUUGCUACGGAUCCUGCGGGUCCAACUUGGCAUCCGGCAGCAACAAAAAGAGGUUCUGCAGGAGGUGUGACAGCUGAAGCACGAGGUACGACUCUUGUCCGUGCCUCAGCACGUCCAGCCAGCACAGCCCCCUGCUGACCUUCCCCGGCUGCCUGCUGGUACAAUUGGAGAAGUGGAGGCAGCAGAGGCAGCUGUGCAGAGUGAAGCUGUGGCUGCGGCUUUGCGCAAGCACCUCCUGCAGAUUGGGGGACAUGGCCUCCAGAAAUUG